GGGGACGAUUCACCUGAAGGACUUGCCUGAUUUGGACUUUAUGGCUCCCGGAAGUGCUUUCUUCCCUUCCCCUGCCCAGCUUCCCUCCCUCCCGUAGGCUGCAGUUGGAACGAUGGCGGCGGCGGCAGCCCCAGGGCCUGGCUUGGGGUCUGGACCCGGCGACUCCCCGGAAGGGCCCGAGACGGAGGCUCCGGAGCGUCGGCGGAAGGCUCACGGGAUGCUGAAGCUCUACUAUGGCCUCUCGGAGGGAGAGGCGGCGGGGUACCCCGCGGGACCCGACCCUCUGGACCCGACUGAUCUCAAUGGGGCUCACUUUGACCCGGAAGUUUAUCUGGACAAGCUGCGUAGAGAGUGUCCCCUGGCCCAGCUGAUGGACAGUGAGACCGACAUGGUGCGACAGAUCCGGGCUCUAGACAGCGACAUGCAGACCCUGGUCUAUGAAAACUACAACAAGUUCAUCUCAGCUACAGACACCAUCCGGAAGAUGAAGAAUGAUUUCCGGAAGAUGGAGGAUGAGAUGGACCGUCUGGCCACCAAUAUGGCGGUGAUCACUAACUUCAGCGCGCGAAUCAGUGCCACACUGCAGGACCGCCACGAGCGCAUCACCAAGCUGGCAGGGGUGCACGCGCUGCUGCGGAAGCUGCAAUUCCUUUUUGAGCUGCCCUCGCGCCUCACCAAGUGCGUGGAGCUGGGUGCCUAUGGGCAGGCGGUGCGCUACCAGAGCCGGGCCCGGGCUGUGCUGCAGCAGUACCAGCAUCUGCCCUCCUUCCGUGCCAUCCAGGAUGACUGCCAGGUCAUCACAGCUGGCCUGGCCCAGCAACUUCGGCAGCGCUUCAGGGAGGGCGGCUCAGGUGCCCCAGAGCAGGCCGAAUGCGUGGAGCUGCUGCUGGCCCUGGGCGAGCCUGCUGAGGAGCUGUGCCAAGAGUUCCUGGCACAUGCACGUGGGCGGUUGGAGGAAGAGCUGAGCAGCCUGGAGACGGACCUGGGGCCGUCACCUCCUGCGCCUGAUGUAUUAGAGUUCACUGACCGCGGUGGCAAUGGUUUUGUAGGCGGCCUUUGCCAGGUGGCUGCAGCCUACCAGGAGCUGUUUGCUGCCCAGGGCCCAGCGGGUGCUGAGAAGCUGGCAGUCUUCGCACGGGAACUGGGUGGCCGCUACUUUGCGCUAGUGGAGCGGCGACUGGCACAGGAGCAGGGUGGCAGUGACAACUCACUGCUGGUGCGGGCACUGGAUCGCUUCCACCGGCGCCUUAGGGCACCCGGGGCCCUGCUGGCCACUGCAGGGCUCUCUGAGGCGUCCACAGAGAUCGUGGAGCGAGUGGCCCGCGAGCGGCUGGGCCACCAUCUGCAAGGUCUGAAGGCUGCUUUCCUGGGCUGCCUGACUGAUGUUCGCCAGGCACUUGCAGCACCUCGUCUGGCUGGGAAGGAGGGCCCUAGCCUGGCUGAAUUGUUGGCCAAUGUGGCUAGCUCCAUCCUGAGCCACAUCAAGGCCUCUUUGGCUGCCGUACACCUCUUCACAGCCAAGGAAGUGUCUUUCUCCAACAAGUCCUACUUUCGGGGUGAGUUCUGCAGUCAGGGCGUCCGUGAGGGGCUCAUCGUAGGCUUUAUCCGCUCUAUGUGCCAGACAGCCCAGAGCUUCUGUGACAGUCCAGGGGAGAAAGGGGGUGCCACACCACCUGCCUUGCUCCUGCUGCUCUCCCGUCUCUGCCUGGACUAUGAGACAGCCACCAUCUCCUACAUCCUCACCCUCACUGAUGAACAGUUUCUGGUGCAGGACCCGUCUCCAGUGACACCGGUGAGCACCCUCUGUGCAGAGGCCAGGGAGACAGCACGGAAGCUGCUGACCCACUAUGUGAAGGUGCAAGGCCUGGUCAUAUCCCAGAUGUUGCGCAAGAGUGUGGAGACACGGGACUGGCUCAGUACUCUGGAGCCCCGGAAUGUCCGUGCGGUCAUGAAGAGGGUGGUGGAGGACACGACAGCUAUUGAUGUACAGGUGGGACUCCUAUAUGAAGAAGGUGUCCGCAAAGCCCAGAGCAGUGACUCCAGCAAGAGGACUUUCUCUGUAUAUAGCAGUUCUCGGCAGCAGGGCCGCUAUGCACCCAGCUACACACCUAGUGCCCCAAUGGACACCAACCUAUUGAGCAAUAUCCAGAAGCUGUUUUCCGAACGCAUUGAUGUGUUCAGCCCUGUGGAGUUCAAUAAGGUAUCAGUGCUGACCGGCAUCAUCAAGAUCAGCCUGAAGACGCUGCUGGAGUGUGUGCGGCUGCGCACCUUCGGUCGCUUCGGGCUGCAGCAGGUGCAGGUGGACUGCCACUUCCUGCAGCUCUACCUGUGGCGCUUUGUGGCCGAUGAGGAGCUUGUGCACUUGCUGCUGGACGAAGUGGUGGCCUCGGCUGCCCUACGCUGUCCGGAUCCGGUGCCCAUGGAACCCAGUGUGGUUGAGGUCAUCUGCGAGCGCGGCUAGGCCCAGCCAAUUCUGUGCACCAGGCUGCCUCGGUGCCCCAUCCAGCCCAUGCCCUGCGCUGCCCCUAGUGGCACUUUCCCGCUGGCCGGUGUCAGGAACCGCCUAAUAAAGACGAGUGGCCUCCUC